AAUGUAAAUGUCUUUCCGGCAGAGUCUCGCACACUUUCAUGUAGCCCUUCUUUCCAGGGGAACGAUCCUGUUCUUCAGUCCAGACCACUGGCGAUCAAAUCCGUUUGGCAUCGCUUGAAACCCUAAACCUUCUUUUUCACGCUAUCUGAUUUCCCGUUUGUUUUCUUGUUUACUGUUCCGAUGGCGAGGGCAGUGCUCGAUUGGUCGAUCUGUAGAUUCAGACGUUCAUCUCAGUCUGCUAGAGAAAUCUUUGGGCUUUGUUGACAGGAAAGGCUCUGUUUAGGUCAUCAAUUGUUUGCAAGAAGUAGAAGUUGCUUUUUGUGUAAUUCUUCAUUGCACAAGUUUUUCAACAGUCAAAUAGAUAUCUGGAAGGAAUAAAAGCGUUUAUCUUCUCUUUUUCGCUAUUAUUCUUUAUCAAUGGAAUCAAUAUGGAAGCUCUCACAUUUACUGGAACCAGCAUCUCUGACACUCAUUGUGACGGCAGUCUUUGUAACUUUUGCAUCAGCAUCCCGGGCUCUGAAUCAUGGCAAGGAAAUGGAGAGGAACUUGGAUUUUUCGGAGGCUUCCAUCACUUUAGAUAGGUCACAGGCACUAAUGAUACCUCUGGCUAGCUCUUGCAGUCUAUUGAUAAUGUUCUACCUCUUCUCUUCAGUAUCCCAUUUGGUUACUACCUUUACUGCAGUUGCCUCAGCUUCAGCACUCUUCUUCUGUCUAUCCCCUUAUGUUGCGUACUUCAAGAACCUGUUAGGAUUAGUGGAUCCUUUUGUCUCUAGGUGCUGCUCCAAAUCAUUCACUCGCAGCCAAGGAAUCCUUCUGCUGAUUUGUGUAGGAACUGUGGUUUGCUGGCUUAUUUCUGGGCACUGGCUGCUAAACAAUAUAUUGGGAAUUUGUAUAUGUAUAGCAUUUGUGAGCCAUGUGAGGCUCCCCAACGUCAAGAUUUGUGCUCUCUUACUUGUUUGCUUGUUUAUUUAUGAUAUUUUUUGGGUGUUCUUCUCGGAAAGGUUCUUUGGAGCAAAUGUAAUGGUGUCAGUUGCAACACAAAAGGCCUCCAACCCUGUUCAUACGGUAGCAAACAGCUUGAGCCUCCCUGGGUUGCAGUUGAUUACAAAGAAGCUAGAGCUUCCAGUGAAGCUUGUAUUCCCAAGAAAUCUAUUGGGUGGGGUUGUACCUGGCCACAAUUCAAUGGACUACAUGAUGCUCGGUCUUGGAGACAUGGCCAUUCCUGGCAUGCUUCUCGCUUUGGUGCUUUGUUUCGAUCAUCGAAAGAGCAAAGAAAACUCGCUGGACUUAACCUCCAAAGGACACAAAUAUGUUUGGUUUGCAGUUACUGGGUAUGCAGUUGGUCUGGUUGCUGCUUUAGCUGCUGGGAUCCUUAGUCAAUCUCCUCAGCCUGCUCUUCUUUAUCUGGUACCUUCAACUUUGGGACCUGUUAUUGUUCUUUCAUGGAGCAGAAAUGAAUUAACUGAGCUGUGGGAAGGUCCAAAACUGAUGCCAAAUGACAAGGCUCACUCAAUGGAGGCUUGAAACCUGGAACUAUCAGACUUUUUUUUUUUUUCUUAAGGAACAAAAAUGUACUAUUUAAUAUCUUAGUAUUAAUUUAUGAAUAUUGUUAUUGCAAACUAGCUGUGUUUUUCAAUUAAUAUUUGAUCUUUUGGAAA